AUGGAGUCCAUCGGAGCUGAGUCAGAAGGCGACUGCCGCCAGAUCUUCGACGUUUGGUCCUGGAACUUCGACGCCGAGUUCGGCCAGCUGCUGGAGUUUCCGGGCUUCUUGCGGGAGGAGAAGCAGACUGCGAAACGCUCCGCAAGGUACGCAGCGCUGCGCCAGAACUGCGACAACCUCCGGCCGAUUCAGCUUGGCAUUUCCGUGGCGCAUCCAGAUGGAGCCCUUUGCGGGACCUGGUGCUUCAACCUUUCCUUUGAUGUUUACACAGAUCUCUACACAGAGGCCUCUGUGGCCUUCCUCACAGCUGCGGGGCUGGAUUUCCCCCGGCAUGCCGCGGAGGGCAUUGACCCGGCCAAGAUCGGAAGAAAGCUGCGAGCCUCUCCGCUGGUAGGCCAGCAAGGCUGCACGCACCGAUGGGUCACUUUCCAGGGAUGGUAUGACUUCGGGUACAUGCUCCGACUGUUGACCCACCGUCGCCUGCCUUCAGACUUUGCUGCCUUUGAGGAGCUUCGUGCCAGCUUCUUUCCUGACCGCUAUGAGCUUCGAGAUGAGCUGCCGAGAGGGUCCCUCGACAGCCUUCUCCGUGACUUCGGCGUGGAGCGCUAUGGAACACCACACACAGCGGGCAGCGACGCUCUGGCGACACUGGAGCUUUUCUUUGAGGUCACUCGGGAGGGUCCGAAGCGCUUCCUCUCGGCGGCCUCUGGGGGAAGCUCGGAAGCCUCCACAGCGGCUUCGGCAUCCUACAUGCUGGAGCAAGGCUACGGCUACAACCAGAGCAGCGGCUGGAACGAGGAGGUGGGGCACAUCGGCUCCGAUGCUACGAGUGGGUUCAAGCUGAAUGAGAUGGACCUGCAAGGCCAGCCACCUCUCCGCGAGAACGGCCACUGGAACGAGGGGACCUUCAUGUCCGUGGACGUCGCCGUUGCACCCCGGGCAUGGGAUGAGGCAGCCUCCAGUGCAGAAUGGCGAAUAUGGAACAACCCCCUCUGCCGUGAUCGUACAAACAGUGAUAAAGGCAAUAUCACAAAGUACAGCCGCCAGUGGCAGCUGCUCAGCACACCUGGACCUGGGUCCAUGCAGGCACAGCCCAUGGCCUGCCAGGCGCAGCCCAUGGCCUGCCAGGCGCAGCCUAUAGCCAUAGAGGUCAGACCGCUGCAGCCCAUCAGACCGGCAAUGCAGCCUCAGGACGACGCGCAGGCGGUCCUGGCAGCUGCGGGCGCGGGCAUGGCAGCUGCUUUGUUAGAGGACCCAGUGGAGCAGCAAACGCAGCAAGAGGCUGCGAUGUACAGCUUGCUCAUGACCGGUGGCCCGGAGCAGGCGGCCAACAUGCUUGCAGACUACAGCGGCUUCCCGUCGCAAGGGACGGUGCUGCGCUGGGCAGUCCCCGCGCCAGCCAAUGCGUGGCCAAGUGGACAAGCCAGCAUCGCCAGCAUGGACAACACCGUGCUCUCAGAGAUGGUUUUCGCGAGCCCGGCACCAACUUGCGUGCCAGCGUGGCUCGACCUGAGCCAGGCCAUCCACGUCAUCGCGGGCUAA